AUGGAGGACACAGACUACAGGCAGAAUAUCACAGUUCAGUACUGCUUUCCUGAUAACAACUCAUCUUGCAGAAAGGAGGUGCGAACAGGUCCUGCUUAUAUAUUUCUGUCCUUUUUUCUCUCAUGUGUUUCUGUGUUCACUGUGUUUCUGAACCUGCUGGUGAUCAUUUCCAUCUCUCACUUCAAGCAGCUCCACACUCCCACCAACCUGCUCAUCCUCUCUCUGGCUGUAGUGGAUCUACUUGUGGGGCUGAUUGUUAUGCCUGAAAAAAUAAUGGAAUUUAUUGACUCUUGUUGGUAUCUUGGAAAACUGGGAUGCACUAUUCUAUUGGUGAUCAAUGCUGUCUUAGUGUCAGUGUCGCUCUGUAACCUGGUUUUUAUUGCAGUUGAUCGCUACAUCGCCGUCACUGACCCUCUGCUUUAUUCCACAAACAUCACAGUGUGUAAAAUGUCUAUGAUGAUAAUUCUGGGCUGGUCUUUCUGUCUGCUGUAUGUUAUCAUGUAUUUUUACUUUAACGACAACCUCCUUCCAUCUCAGGUCUCCACCAGAUGCUAUGGAGAGUGUGUAGUGGUUAUAAAACUCUCCUGGUUGAUUGUUGACCUUGUAGUUUUUUUCCUAACCCCUUGCUCUGUUAUACUGGUCUUGUAUUCAAUCAUUUUUAAUGUGGCCAGACAUCAAGCUAGAGCUGUUAGAGCUGUGAGGAAUGGAGCCUCAAAGAAACACGGAGCCACACUUUCAAAUUCUUCUGAAAACAAAGCGGUGAAAACAUUAGGAAUCGUCGUUUUUGUUUAUCUUGCUUGCUGGAUACCGUUUUAUGUGAGUUCUCUGUCAGUUGAAAGUAUCACAUCUUUGUGGAUGGUGUGGACUGUUUUAGCAUGGCUACUGUACCUUAAUUCCUCUGUGAAUCCACUGAUUUAUGCCAUUUUUUAUCCGUGGUUCAGAGAAUCAGCUAAGUAUAUUUUAUCAUGUAGAAUAUUUGAAUCCUCAUCUUCAAGGUUAAAUUUGGUUCCAGAUCAUUUUUAA